AUGGCAGCCGGGCAUGUUGAGCCUGGUCUGUGGUUGUCCCGUUAGGCGGAGGAUUUUUUAAAAUUGAAUGGUUACGGUUCUGGAUUAAUAGAAUGCUCAGCCUACCACAGGCUGGGUUCUGGUUGGAGGAGGAGCUCACAGACUGCAAUAAAUAGCGGAUGAUUUCGUUGAAGGGAAAAUAUUUCGAAGAGUUAUCCAUCGGUCUGGGAACAGUCUCGAAGGAAAUAGAGUCCAGUGUACUUUACGCCUCACGCUUUCAUUCGUCAAAUCCUUUUGUGAUAUUUUGGCGACCCCGUAAUUCGAUUCCAAAUGACUCGGUAUGUAAGCAGUUGUUUCAUUACUCUGCUCGUUCUGUUCCUUUGGCGGGUCGAAGACAUCGCAGACGCUUGCAGAUGCUUCCCUCAACAUCCUCAACAGGCUUUUUGCAAUGCAGAAGUUGUGAUCAGGGCGAAGGUGGUUGGAGAGAAAGCGGUGUCGAACGCCAUCAAGUAUGACAUCCAACAGAUCAAGAUGUUCAAAGGUCCUGACCGGGUUAUCCACGCCAUCUUCACUUCAUCCUCCUCAGCCUCGUGUGGUGUGACCCUGGAAAUCAACAAGGAGUAUCUCUUCACAGGCAGCCUAAAUACUGAUGGCAGUAUGGGUAUAGGCAUGUGUAACUUUAUUCGGUACUGGGACGACUUGAAUGGCACACAAAAGAAGAGCUUGACUCAACGCUACCGAACCGGCUGUGCUUGCAAGAUCAUCCGCUGCUCUUCCCUCCCCUGUCCCGUCAGCGCCCCAGAUGAGUGCCUUUGGACAGACUGGUUGUUGAACCAUGGCCAAAGCGGACCCCAGGCCAAGUACUCUGCCUGUCUCAUGAGUUUUGAUGGGUCCUGUUACUGGUACAGGGGGAUGGAUCCAUCCAAGAAGUAGUUCCUGGAUAUUGACUACUCCAUAAUCCCUCUACAGGCCUUCCACUCACUGCUCAGUGGCUAAAUAUGCCUGAAAUUUAAAAGCUGGUCACUUGUGCAAUAAAAAUAAACUACUCCUCAAA